AUGCCAAAGGAUAUCAGAUCAUACUUCACCCCAGUUUCAAAAAACAAUUCAACACCAUCCAAAGCGGUAGAUCAAAAGAAAAAAUCCAAACGUUUAAUAGACUCUGAUGAAGAAGACGUGAUUGAAUCUACACCGGAACCAAGUAAAGUAAAAUCGUUCUCUAGUAAAAGAAAGCCCCAUACUGUACUAUUGAGUUCAGAUUCCGAAGAUGAGAAGGUCAAAAAACCAGCUAAAGAACCAACAAAAUUAAAACCAAUAAAUAUAGAUGAUGUUUUUAGCAGUAAACCCAUACAGCAGGCUAAGAUAAAAGAACUUCCUAAAGGUGAAGUCGUCAAAGUCGAACACAAGGACAAGUCGCAUAAACAUAAAAAGAAAAAGACUAAAACAGAAAUAGGAGUACAUGAAGAUGAAGCCUUUGAAAAAACUCUCAUGGAACUGGAUGAUGACUUACUUGCAGAUAACUUGGAUAUUUUGGAUAAAACAGCAGAUAAUGCAUUAAAGAUAGAAACUGAACAUAAGGAAGAGGUAAAGACCAAAUCUAAAAAAGAUGCCAAUAAAAAAGAUACCCCAGAUAAAGAUAGUAAGAGGGAAGAAAAACAUGAAGACAAAAUUAGAAAGAAAAAAAUGAAAACUGAAAGUGAUGUACACACUGAUGAAGAUUUUAGUAAAACAUUGAAAGAUCUGGACACUGAAAGUUCAAAUAGCAAUAAAUCUUGUACAAAACCUAAAAUUGUUGUUGAUGAUGUUGAACCCAAACAAAGCAGUUCUAAGGAAAAUUCUCCAAAUAAGUCGCAUGAUGAAAAAAGAGCUAAAAGACAAAGAUCUCCAUCUGAAGGGACCACUCCCAAAAAACCUAAACUGGAACAUAGUGAUCCAGAUAUGGAUCCUGAUCAAGAGGCAUUUGAAAAGAGAAGGUAUUCUGCCAUGCUGUAUCAAAAGUACAAAAACAGAGGAGGUCCUAAAAUGCAUGGACAAAAAGAACUGCCAAAGGGAAACCCAGAUUGUCUCAAAGGUAUAACGUUUCUACGAACGGGUGUACUGGAUUCUAUAGACGGUGAGGAAUUUCAAAAUUUGGUUGUAGAACAUGGAGGAAGAGUUGUACAUGCUGUGUCUAAAAAGGUAAAUUAUCUGGUAGUUGGAGAGGAACCUGGCCCCGCAAAGUUAGACAAAGCUAGAGGUUAUAAAAUACCCGAAAUAAAUGAAGAUCAAUUUCUAGAUUUGAUUUUAAAAAAAUCAGGCAUGAAACCAAAGUACUAUCACAAAGAUUCAUCGGAUUCUGGAGUUUUUGACGAAGAUGUUGAUGAUGAGAAGAAAAGUAAAAAACAAAAAGAACAUGAAAAAAACAAAGCGUCAAGAAAUGAAGAAAAACAUGAUAAGGAAAAACGAAGUGAGAGUUCACUAAAGGAUAAAAUCAAAAAGAGUCCUAUGAAGAAUAAAGAAAAGCAGCCAAACGGUAACUCAUCAAAAGCUGAUACUAAGGAAGAAAAAAUUGUUACUUCCAAAUUUUGGGACACAAAAAAGACCAGCGCAGAAACUAAACAAUCUACAGAUCCCUUAAAGGCGUCAAGCUUCUAUUCUAAUAAAGAGAAAAAACCUGAAAAUCAGCCAGCACCUGAGAAUGUAGAGUCACCUAUAACAGUUUCUGAUUUAUCGAUGGCUUGGACUGAAAAGUAUAAACCGACUGAUGUCAAAAGCGUUAUUGGUCAACAGGGUGAUAGUAGUAAUUUAAGCAAGCUGAAGAAGUGGUUAUCAAAUUGGUAUAGAAAUCAGUUACCUCAAGUUAGAAAGAAAAUACCUAGACCUUCGCCUUGGGCCAAAAAUGAUGAUGGAGCUUAUUACAAGGCAGCUUUGCUGAGUGGUCCACCAGGUGUAGGAAAAACGACAACCGCAACAUUAGUAUCCAAAGAACUAGGUUUCGACGUCGUUGAGUUUAACGCAUCAGAUACCCGAAGCAAAAAGCUGUUACAUGAAGAAGUAGCUCAGUUAUUAAGUACAACAACAAUUGCAGGGUUUGCUGCUGGUAAAACAAAGACUGAUAAGAAGCGAGUUCUUCUUAUGGAUGAAGUUGAUGGUAUGGCAGGAAAUGAAGAUAGGGGAGGUAUUCAGGAACUAAUAAAUCUCAUAAAAACAACCAGUGUACCGAUUAUUUGUAUGUGUAACGACAGGAACCACCAAAAGAUGAGAUCAUUGGUUAAUUAUUGUUUUGACUUACGAUUUAGUAAGCCCAGAUUGGAGCAAAUUCGGGGCGCUAUGAUGUCUAUCUGUUUUAAAGAAGGUCUAAAGUUAACUCCAAACAUUUUGUCAGAAAUAAUAUCUGGAACAGGCUGUGAUAUUCGUCAAACUUUGAACCAUCUCACUAUGUGGUCGGCGCAGAAAGACAAUCUCACUCUCGAGGAAGUUCAAAACAAAGCAAAACAAUCUAAAAAAGAUACGGUUCUGGGUCCGUGGGAGGUGGUUAGAACAGUUUUUUACUGAAUCCGAAAAGAAGGAUAUGAGCGUAGCUGAUAAGGCUAGAUUAUUCUUUUACGAUUACAGCAUGGGACCACUUUUUGUACAAGAAAAUUAUUUGGGAGUCACACCUAAGUGUCCAAAGUCUGAAGUUAUGAAACGAGUAGCACUAGCUGCAGAUUCCAUUAGCAGAGGUGACCUAAUAGAUGCCAAAAUCAGGGAUCCAAUAAUUGGGCCCUUUUAGAAAGUCAAGCGAUUUUCGCUUCUGUUUUGCCUGGUCAUUAUAUGUCCGGACAUGUUUCCAGUAGGAUUAAUUUCCCAGGAUGGUUAGGAAAGAAUUCAGCAGCGAAUAAACGUAAGAGGAUGCUUAAUGAACUACAUGUUCAUACAAGAAUGAGGUAAAUUAUAAAGUAGGAGUGAAAUGAUUGAAUACAGUUAAAAUUUUACAUCAACAAUAAGUCAUUUAUUUUAUGAACACAUUGUAAUCGCAAAUAAAUAAAAAGAAAACAAAGUUGUAAAGCUAUGCCAACAUAACAUUGUAUACAUAUACUACAAUAUUCUGAAAUCCUUGAAUACUCAAUUAAAUAUAAUUUUAGGUAAAAUCUGCUUUUACACGGGCGUACAAUAAAUCAGCAAAACAGUUACCAUUCGCCCCAGGAACCGGUUUUUCCAAAAAGAAAUCAUCACAAGCUGAUAAUCCAGAAGGUGAAGAUAAUUUACUUGAAUCUGAUAAUGAUGAGGAUAAUGAAGAAAAUGAUGAUGUAACGCAUGAUGCUCUCAUUAAAGUUAAAACAGCAAAUAAGAAAGAAAAUGCCAAAGCCACAACAAGUAAAUCCAGUGAAAGUUCAAAAGGUAAAGGAAAAGGCAAGGGAAAGAAGACCAAGUAA